GGCUGGAUGAACCAGCUGCCUGUCUACGACCCCGAGGUUUUCCACCCCUCGCUCACGCACUCGGUGCUUGCCACGCUGGAUGGGGCCACCCUCAAGCUCUCCUACCCCAAGAGCAAUAUCCCGCGCCGAGCCACCUUCGAGGAGGAAAUCCUUGAUGCCGUCUUUGUCAGCCACCGCUGCUAUGACCUGACUGAUGCCAAGGUCUUCCUCUGCCCACCCAGCCUGGCCCGAAAGCGGACGUGGAACAAGAAAUACCCCAUCUGCGUCCUCCUCCCUGACCCGGCGCACAUGGAGUGCAGGAUCAGCGAGGAGCACGACACGGAGCUGCAGAGGAAUGAAGGGAUGAAGAAGGCACCAGUGCCAGGCCAGGAUGUCCCAGGGGACUGCAAGGAGAGGUGCCUGUACCUCUUCGGGCGGACGGGGAGGGAGAAGGAGGAGUGGUACCAGCACCUCAUGCGAGCCUCCCGCGGGACACCCAGCAGCAGCCACGGCGAAGCCCGGGCAGGUGUGGGACUGGCUCCGCAGAGCAGCGGCAGCAGCAGUGGAGGGAGUGCCGAGGACAUCCCCUCCGCUCUCCCACCCAAGGACCUGGCGGGAAGCAUCCGACAGAAGAUUUUCUUGGAUUACAGCACCUACAUGGCCCGAUUCGUGCCAGCGCAGGUGGGGGGCAGCCCGGAGCAGAGCCCCUCUCAUGGAGCACUGGGCAGCCCCACGCCCACAAAGGACUUCCUCCGGGAGCGAUACUGGGCCGAGCAAGUGUCCAGCAAGAUCCAGAAGAAGUUGAGCAAGAUCAAGCUCCCAUAUUUCAUGAACGAGCUGACACUGACGGAGCUGGACAUGGGCACAUCCAUCCCCUUGGUCCUCAGUGCCUCCAACCCCACCGUCAAUGACCAAGUGAUCCUGCUGGCAGACAGCGAUGCGGAGUCAUCCAGCGCCGGCUCCUCCGACGAGGAAGACGUCACCUCUGCAGAGCCCGUAGGAGCCCUGGGGGAGCGGAUCCUGCUGCCUGGCACCGAGGCCCACAUCAGCAGCAACAGCACGAGCCGGAAGAUCCUGCGCUUUGUGGACAAGAUCGCCAAGUCCAAGUACUUCCAGAAGGCCACUGAAAACGAGUUCAUCAAAAAGAAGAUCGAGGAGGUUUCCAACACACCGCUGCUACUGACAGUGGAGGUGCAGGAGCUGGCAGGCACCUUGGCCGUGAACAUCCCCCCACCACCGACGGACCGUGUCUGGUACAGCUUCCGAGUCCCACCCCAGCUGGAGCUGAAGGUGCACCCGAAGCUGGGCGAGCGGGAGGUGACAUUCCUCCAUGUCACCGAGUGGAUCGAGAAGAAGCUGCAGCACGAAUUUCAGAAAAUUUUGGUGAUGCCAAACAUGGACGACCUCAUCAUUCCCAUCAUGCAUUCUGGCCUGGAUCCUCAGCCACCCACUGGGGGACUGCUCAGGGACCUACCAGCCAAGGGAGAGAAGAGGCUCUAA